AUGGCAGCCUCCACAGGAGCUAAAGUUCCUCCUAAUUUUCGCUUGUUUGAAGAACUUGAAGAAGGACAAAAAGGAGUAGGUGAUGGUACCCCGCAGCAGUCAGGAACGCUGUGGCCGCGGCCCCCGCCUCUUCCAACGCUGGGGCAUUCUCGCUCGCUCGACCCCAGCGGCGAGGGGAUCAACACAGCGCACGGUGCGGGUGGCAGGCCAGAUCUGGGAAGAGCGAUCGCCCAGGCGACGGCGCAGGGGGCAGAACACCGUGACGGGCAAGCGCGUUCUCCUAACCCUAACCUCGACAAACUCGAGGAGGUCCGCCGCACAGCCAACGUUCAGCGCCGUGCUGAGCGGCCGCUGGCCGCUCCCCUCCACGCUCCCACCUGCUGUGAGAUGACUGCGGAUGAAUUAGCUUUGGAGGAACACAGGGAAAGAUCCAAGGACUUAGGGAAGUUUUCAGAUCUGGGUUUAGAACUUUCGUUAUUGAGGUUUCUCAGUGCUGAGCUAACAAGAGGGUACUUCCUUGAACAUAACGAGGCCAAGUAUACAGAAAGAAGAGAAAGAGUAUACACUUGUAUGCGAAUACCAAGAGAACUGGAAAAGCUCAUGGUUUUUGGAAUCUUUCUAUGCCUGGAUGCAUUUCUGUAUAUAUUCACCCUGCUUCCUUUACGAGUUUUCCUGGCGCUCUUCAGGCUGCUCACUUUGCCUUGCUUUGGCUUAAGGGACAGACGUUUGCUUCAGCCUGCCCAGGUGUGUGACAUUUUGAAGGGUGUCAUUCUGCUAAUCUGCUAUUUCAUGAUGCACUAUGUUGACUACUCCAUGAUGUACCACCUGAUAAGAGGGCAGUCUGUCAUCAAGCUCUACAUCAUCUACAACAUGCUGGAGGUAGCUGAUCGUUUGUUUUCAUCGUUUGGACAAGAUAUAUUAGAUGCUCUCUACUGGACAGCAACAGAACCUAAAGAAAGAAAAAGAGCCCACAUUGGGGUGAUUCCUCACUUUUUCAUGGCUGUUCUCUAUGUCUUUUUGCAUGCAAUUCUUAUAAUGGUUCAAGCAACAACUCUCAACGUAGCUUUUAACUCACACAACAAGUCACUGCUUACUAUCAUGAUGUCGAAUAAUUUUGUUGAAAUUAAAGGAAGUGUUUUCAAGAAGUUUGAAAAGAACAAUCUCUUUCAAAUGUCAAACAGUGAUAUUAAGGAACGAUUCACAAAUUAUGUGCUUUUGCUAAUAGUGUGUCUAAGAAACAUGGAACAGUUUUCUUGGAAUCCAGAUCAUCUCUGGGUGUUAUUUCCAGACGUCUGUAUGGUGAUCGCUUCAGAAAUUGCUGUGGAUAUUGUAAAACAUGCCUUUAUCACCAAGUUCAAUGACAUUACUGCAGAUGUCUACAGUGAGUACAGAGCCAGCCUUGCUUUUGACCUCGUAAGCAGCCGACAGAAAAAUGCAUAUACUGAUUACAGUGACUCCGUAGCGAGGAGGAUGGGGUUUAUUCCUCUCCCACUAGCUGUUUUACUCAUCAGAGUUGUAACAAGCUCAAUUAAAGUGCAAGGAAUCCUGUCUUAUGCCUGUGUCAUACUCUUCUAUUUUGGGUUGAUAUCCCUGAAAAUACUGAAUAGCAUUGUGCUAUUGGGGAAAUCAUGCCAAUAUGUGAAGGAAGCCAAAAUGGAAGAAAAGCUGUUCAAUCCUCCCCCAACCAGCACUCCAGGCAAGCUAUCCAGCAAAUCACAAAACAAAUGUAAAUCCUCUCAAGGCCUGUCCACAGAAGAAACCUUGUCUGCUUCGGUCACCAGCCGUCCCGUUCACCAGAAAGAAAAUGUCAUACCAUUACUUGUGACAAGCAAUUCUGAUCAGUUUCUGACAACUCCAGAUGGUGAUGAGAAGGACAUAAUACAGGAAAGUUCUGAAUUAAAGCACAGAUCCUCAAAGAAAGAUUUGUUAGAGAUAGACAGGUUCACAAUUUGUGGAAAUCGCAUUGACUGAAUUCUGUGGUUCUGUGUGUUGAAGAUUCAGGUCCUGGGGCAGCAAAUGCUGUGUACUGCUAGAAUGGAUGGAUGCUGAAAAUGGCACUUAAAUAUUUAUUUUAAAACUUAAAUUAUUACUGGCAAGCAAAUCUUUCUUCCAAUAAUGUGGUCUGGCUGAAGGUCUGAUCACAGAAACAGCAGCGACCUCUGGCCUUGACUCUGGGAAACCUAACGGACUAUGGAAACUUCCUCCUGCUCGGUCAGGCAGCCAUGCCACCUCCAGGACCUGGUGGAAGCAAUGUGAAAAUCUUUUGCUUUGUCAGUCUGAGCUUCCAAAAGUCCAAUAUUGCCUAAAGGCCUCUUCAGUAUAAGGAUAUACCUGGAAAACUGUGAAGCUUUUAUCAUAUUACCUUUCUAGUCUCAUACUGUUUUCACAGACAGUUUUCAAACUUUACUUCAUCUGCCAAAGCAUUAAAAAAUUAUUAAACAUAAGUCAAGAUAAAUGUUCUUACCACCAGAAUAAUCUUUGAAGUUGUAUCUGAAUUAAUCAGAAUAAAAGGCUACCUUAAAUAAGAUAUAAUGAAUAGUAGCAUUUUAUAGGGGGGGAGGGGAACUAAGCCAGUUUGUUUAUUUAAAAAUUAAUUGAUGAAGGUUAUACAUCACUGAGAAAAUGUUUUAUAAUUUUCACUUUAUUCUUUAAAGCAAAUGUGAGCUGUGUAUUGUUUAAUCCAGUGGAUAAGUUUCCCGACAAAAAGACAUUUUUUAUACUGAAAAAUUAGCAGUGUUAACUUUAAGGUAUAGUUAACAGGUUUUAUUUUAAAAUUAGUUACUUCAUAAAUUACUAUAGCUAAAGGAUUUGCUGUUCAGUAGGCUGAAAAAUUAUUAAUGAACAAAAUUUAAAACUUUAAGUGGAUUUUUUUUUUUAAAGUUUUAAAGUAAGUAUCCCAAGUGGAUUGGACAAUACCAUCUUACCUAGGCUUAUAUAAUGCUUUAGUGCUGAUCAGUGGGUAUGCUUGUUCUAGGGUGGAUCUGUGUUUUAUGGAAAGAAAAGUGUGAGAAGGUGACUGUCAGGUGCACACGUGCUUGGGAUGGGGCAGGCCCAUCUUGGCAGAGGACCUGUGUGGAAAAGUAAGUGGGGCAUUUGGGACACAUUGAUGGCUACCUGGGUGUGGAGAGACAUUUGUAUAUGGAUGGUGAGAACAACAACCAAAGGGUGCUUUUGGAUUUGUUUGCGAUCAAGAUUCCAUUUCCACUUAAUUACUAGUUUGUGGCCUCUAUCACAGAACAAGUUAUUUUCCACCUCAUUUUAUCUUGGGAAUCCUCUCUGCAUCUCUAUAAAAAUUUUAUAACUUCUGAUUUCAGAACUUUCCAGAAGCUGGUAGUGUUAACUGUUAUUUUGAAGUUCAGCUCUUGUGUUGAACUUUUAAGCAUAUAUAUGCAGAAGGCAAAAUACAAUGCAAAUUUUGAUGUUUUGGAUUCUUCAUUUGGAAUACAGAAGUGAAUUUUAAUAUGUUGCAUUAAUUAAAGGAGUCUGGAGAUUGGCAUUGAAGAAAUUGUACAGACAUGCCUUUGUGAAACCAGGAAGUAUUUUAAGUUAAAAAUAAAAACUCGUUUAAUGUUUGUUUCAGUGGUGCCCGAUUGUAGAGUUAUUUUUUUUUAAUCCCCUUUUCAUCAACAAAAGGAAUAAUGUUCUCAGUGGAUAGGAAUAGUUAGAGGAAAGCUUUGCCAAACGUAACCCUGAUCAGAGCAAGAACAUGGUUCAGUGUAUCUUUCAAUUCUGUGUGAAUUGUUCUGUUAUUGUGCUGUCAUUUUCUGAAGAUUUUCAGUUUCUAGCAAAUGCUUUUGGGAGUUUGGGAUGAUGUUCAUUUCUUCUGUUAAAAUGGCAUUCAGUACUAAUUUUAUAAGUGCAUCUUGUGUGAAACUCAAUAAAUUCAAUUUUGUAAUCUUU